AUGUCCGCGCUCCCGGACAGCCUCUUCCGGCAGAUAGUCGACUGCCUUUGGCAACACGAUCAGGCCGCCCUCAUGCGCGUCUCUCGCCGCUUCAGGCGCAUCGUGGAGCCCAUCAUGUACAAAGACAUAACCCUCUCCCGCCGGCGGCGCACGGGGAAAUUCAAGCGAUGCUGCAAGAAAAACCCCGCCAUGGCCAAACGCGUCACGAGCCUAACCGUCGACGCAACCACUCACAUGCUAUGGCAUUUCAACCAUGACCCCCCGUUUGCCCCGCCGCACCUGUGGAAGCCGUCCAAGAUCUGCCACGCCCUCGAGUACAUGGACAACCUCGAGUCCCUGCACCUGACCACCGCCUACUUCCCCGAGUACGGCGACUUCUACGACGAAGACCCCGACUCGGACGACCAGUGGCGCCGCCACGAGCAGAAGCUCGAACGCACCUUCGAGCGCGCCACCCACAUCUUCCACCCCGCCCCCGACGCCGAGCGCCGCAUCCUCCCCCGCCUCACCACCCUGACCCUCUCGGCGCAGCUGCUCGGCCCCGACCGCCACCGCGCCCCCCUCCCCGGCCUCACCGUCUUCUUCAUCCCCACCCUGCGCACCCUCUCCAUCGCCAACCACGACAUCAGCCACUGCACCACCUGGGGCAACGGCGGCUACCUCCACCUCGACCGCCGCCACCGCCGCUCCACCGCCCUGCGCGCCCUCCGCCUCGCCAACUGCCGCCUCCACGAACCCUCGCUCCGCCGCAUCCUCGAGUGCCCCCGCGCCCUCGCCGACUUCGCCCUCACCGUCGACCCCCCCGCCCCGGAUGCCGCGUCGUCGUCCGACACUUACCCGGACGGCGUCAAUCUGUUCGCGUGGAGCGCCGAGGGCCUGGCCGCCGCGUUGCGGGAGCAGCGCGACGCCCUCGAGCGGCUCGAGCUGUACGUCGGCGGGAAGAGGAGGGGACUGCCUGGGGACGAGCUGGGCGGGCCGGUGAGGGGGACGCUGGACCUGCGGGAGAUGGAGCGGCUGGCGGAGGUGAGGUGUCUGCAUGCUGGGAGGCGGCUGUCGAAGAGGAGGCUGUUGCUCCGUGAGGGGGUGGAGGUGGAGUAUCGGGACUUGUUGGAGGUGCCGACGUGUGAUGGCUGA